AUGUCCGCCUUGGAUCAAGUCAAGCAGCAGAAUGCAGCGCUCCAAUCGAGUGUGGGGAGCAUCUCCAAAGCUGCUGGACCGACUGCGAAGAAGUCCACGACAGCGACACCAGUGAAGCCAGCAAUCAAAGCCGGCCCUGUUAAGAAGGCAUCAGCGGUGACUACAGACACAACGAGCCCAGCUGCUACGCCUGUAAAGAGGGUUCCCAGAAAGCUCAAUGCAGCUGGCACGCCUACGUCUAAUGUGACAAGGACAACGACUACACCUGUGGCUGCAAAGAAACUUGACAGCACUCCAGCGGUGAAAAAGACACCAGUCACAGCAGGCAAAACAAAUGUCAGCUCGGUUUCCAAGCCCGCCCGCACACGCACACCUCUUGGUACUAUCAAGCCCCUGCCCGCCAGGCAGAAGUCAGCUGCAGAAACGCCCGUAUCCAAGCCCACAAGCACCGUCAAAAAGACGACGACGACAACAACAACAACAAGCACACCCGUCAAAAGCACUUCUACUCCCGCAAAAGCCACGUCGGUCAAGGCUCCUGGCAGCACAGGAAACAAGACGGCAACCGUGAAAAAGACACCGGUCAAGGUGAACCCGGACGGUACCUACCCAACCCCCCUCUCCAUAAUUCAAGCUUAUCCGCCGCCAGGCCACCAACAACGCGCGCCAGGCGCCGUCGGCAAAGCCAUCAACACAGCCACGGGCACGCUCAAUAAAACCGUCGGCACAACGACCGGCACGCUAAACACUAUCACGGAUUCCGCAACCGCAGGCGUCAACAGAACCGUCGAUGGCGUCACGGGGGUUGCGGGCAAAGGGUUGGAUAAGCUACCGGCGGGCGUGGGCAAGCCUGUGAAGCAUGUGACGGAUGGUGUUGGCAAGACGGCGACGGGCGCGGUGGAUAAUGCGUAUUACACUGUUGGCAGUGCGACCAAGGGGGUUCAGGGGACUGUGAGUAAGACGACGGGGGCGUUGGGGAGAGGGGAUGUUAAAGGGACUGUUGCGGGGGCUACAAGUGGUGUUGGCAAUACUGUCACGGGCGUGGGCAAAGGACUCGGGAAUACGGUUGGUGAUGGGCUUGCUGGGCUGGGAAGCACAGUUGGAGGGCCUGUUGGUGGGGUGGUGGGGAAUGUAGGUAAGGGAGCUAAUAAUGCUGUCAGCGGCAUCACGGGUGGUCUGGGUGAUGGCGUAAGCAAGCUUGGAAAGGGGGAUGUGAUUGGCGGUGUUGGGAGCACGCUUGGGGGUGUAGGGAGGGGUGUGGGCGGACUGCUGGGUGGUAUCACGGGGUAUGGGGAGGGGCGGGAGGAACAAUGAAGGCGCAAGGUGGAGGCAUGGUUGUCUGGUGUUUACAACUACACGACGGUGGCGGAAGCAGUCGGGGGGGAGGCGGAAGGAGAGGGUGAUAUGUGCAGUGGGCCGCU